AACUGGUGUACUGUAAGACUCUCGGCUAACGUGUAUAGCGGGCAUUAGAUGUCAUUGUUUUGGUUGUUUUAUAUUUGAUAGUGACAGUUAAUGUCGUUUGUAUCUGGCGGAAAGAUUGUGAUAUUUUAUUUUUCCACUUUAGUUUAGUCUUUCGUCGCUUUUAUUCGAUACCAUUAAAGUUAAUUUACUUAACCGCAGGAUGUUUUCUAUAUCAAAGUUGGGUGCAUUUCGAAGUGUUCAUCAUUGUUCGAAGCAACUACACAUGACGACUGUUCGUUUUGACACUCAAAAAACUGAGAAAACUAUCAAUCAAGUCACAUUACUGGGUAGAGCUGGUGCCGAUCCCCAGAAACGAGGGACAGAGGAACAUCCAGUGAUUAACUUUCCUCUCGCUACACAUUACAGCUAUAAAUAUGAAUCUGGGGAUAUCUUACAGAGAACUGAUUGGCACAGAAUUAGUAUUUUUAAACCUGGUUUAAGAGAUACAGUUUAUAAAUACCUGAAAAAAGGCCAAAGAGUAUAUGUAACUGGUAAACUAUCAUAUGGAGAAGUAAAACUUGAUGAUGGUCAAGUGAGGAGUGCGUCUACAGUGAUAGCAGAUGAUGUUAUCUUCUUUCAAAAUCAACAGCACACUGAAAAUUAAUUAAUCUUAGUAUAAAGUAGUAAGUGUAAGAAUAAAUGCCAUUGUUG